AUGCAAUUCACUCAAAUCAUCGCUUCAUUGGCUUUAGUUGGAUCUAUCCAAGCUAGAUUCCACAACACUACUGGUGGUGCCGUAUCAAACUCAACUGGUGGUGCCGCAUCAAACUCAACCGGUGGUGCUGGCUCCAACUCUACUGGUGGUGCCGGUUCUAACUCUACCGGUGGUGCUGGUGGUCAAAAAUCAGACAACGCUGCUAAUGCUAACGCUAACAUCUACGGUGGUGCCGCUUUGGUUGCUGCUGCUGUUGCUUUGUUGUACUAA